AUGUUCGCUCGAUCUGCUCUCAGAACUACCGCCAUGGCUUCCCGAACAAUGGUCGCCAGACAACAGUUAGCUAGACGUUCAUACACUGUCCCAACUUACGACGAACAAAUAAGAGCUUUCUUCAAAGCUAGACCCGUCCCAGUUGAUGUCUACCCCAUUCUCGCCAUCACAGUAAUGAUGUGCUCGUACGCUUCUUACAUGCUUACCAAACACAUUCGAGAAGAUAACGAUCACGUACGAUGGGGUCCAGGUAUGGGAGGUGUAAAAUUUCAACUCCCAGGAUCCCAAUAG